UUUGGAGAUUUCUGCGAAAAUUUGCUUGGAUUUUGUCUAAAUACCAAAAAAAAAUAUUGUGUAAAUUGAAUUUUUAUUUUCAUUCCAAAUAUAACACCAGUCGAAAAGCAUUGUGAGCCCAAAAGUGUUCAAGUGUGCACGAAAACUAAGUGAUUAACCAAUUGAAAUCGUGAGUAUGGCCGAUUCUACAGAGGAAAUUGUUCCAGCAGGAUGGGAAAAAAGGAAAAGCCGCAGUACCGGAUUGCCAUACUACUUGAAUGUUUACACAAAAGAAUCGCAAUGGGAGCUACCAACAUCCCCUGCUAAGUCUGACGGUGAUUCAGCCAAGGAAUCGAGUCAAGUACAAUGCGCUCAUUUAUUGGUGAAACACAGAGAUAGCCGUCGUCCCAGCUCAUGGCGCGAGGAUAACAUUACACGGACCAAAGAAGAGGCACGCGCUAUUUUGAACGGAUAUUACCAAAAGAUCAAAUCUGGCGAAGCUACUUUAGCCGAGUUGGCACAAAAGUACUCAGACUGUAGUUCUGCUAAGCGUGGUGGCGAUUUGGGUCCAUUUUCACGUGGGCAAAUGCAAAAGCCAUUCGAAGACGUCGCAUUCAGUUUAAAGGUCGGUGAAAUUUCCGAUAUCACCGAAACCGACUCUGGGGUGCAUAUCAUCGAACGAAUCAAAUAAAUUUCAGCAUGCUACACCCUUAAAUUUUAACUGCGAAUCAUUACAAAUCUGAGAACACUAAUAAAAUAUAAACUUUGCAUCCAUAAAACUCAA